AUGAAUCCGAACUACAACAUGCAGUACCAGGGACAGAAUGUGGUGACCAGUCAGCCGCAGUUAGCAGGGCAGAUACAAAAUAUUAAACCCUGGUCGUCGGGAAUCUGCGGCUGCUGUCAGGAUAUGGCCGGAUGCUGCUAUUGUUACUGGUGUUUCCUUUGCUUCACGUGCACACUGGCCUCCAAAAUGGACGAAUGCGUGCUGGGUCCCUGCUGUUGUUAUGGCUUCCUGACGGCCAUGAGGACCAAACUAAGAACUCAAUACGGCAUCAAGCAAAGUAAGAUACUUGGGGCAUACUUGGGGUUUAAAUGUACAGUUCAUCAGGUGGUUCAUAUCAGAACCAUGGUCAUCAGGGAGUUUCAAUUUCGUUUUAACUUAAAAGACAAAUUGCACGGGUUCAAUUAA